UAGUAUAUAUAACAAUAGAAUGACAAGUAGAAAGUGAUAUUUAGACAAAAAAAAAAGAAACUGAGUAAUUUUAAAAUCAAUCUCAUUACUCUCAAAUAAAAAUAAUUUGAUUCGCAACAUAAAUAUUUAUCUUUUAUAUAACCUCUCUUUAAUUUUUAUUUACUUUUUUAUCAAUUUUCUUUUUCAUUAUAUACACAUCAUAUAGAUUGGAUAAUUCUCUUGGAAAUAUUAAAAAUAUGACCUUGUAUGUAGGCAAUACAUUCUAAGCAUUGAGUGACGUAAGAUUACCGUGCGAUAUUUUACAUAUUUGUAAGAACAAAGAAUGAUUUUUCACGCGUAUAAGUGGUAUGGAUAAUAUUUAAGAAAAACAUCUCGACCACAAUACAUAGCGUCGAUAAAAUGCGCACAGUCUGUUAAAAGUUCGCGUCAUUCGCUUAUGUAUGAUAAAAUCCGCGAAUAAAAAUAUUUCUUCAUAUGUAUAUGUAUUAUACAUAUAUAUGUAACAUAUCGUUUCAUAUUCGAUGCUUUAUACCGAUAACGAGAUUGCUAAGUUUGUUAAUUAAAGAUGUUUGUGCGUUAUUUUUCCAUAUAUCUACUUCCUUUUUGGUUUGGAACGAUCAUGGCCGCGAGUGCGCUAAGAUCCAUCACAAUGAUAAAAUGGGGUUCUGUGAACGGUCAGGAGAUUAUGAAGUACACACUAACAAAUAGCAAUAAUCAAGAAGUCGAUGUUGUGACAUAUGGUGCGACAGUAACCGCCAUCAGAACACCAGAUAAAGAGGGUAACAUAGCAGACGUCGUACUCGGUUUCGAUAACGUCGAAGAAUAUCAGUCGUCAAAUAAUCCAUAUUUCGGUGCCACCAUCGGACGUGUUGCCAAUCGCAUCAGCAAGGCAACUUUUGUCGUUGAUGGUCAACGUUACCAGGUAUCGAAAAAUAUAGGCGAAAACAGUCUUCAUGGCGGAACUCACGGUUGGAGCUCGAAGGUUUGGAAUGCCUCGAUCGAUCAUGAUCGCGUAAUUAUGACCUUGAUCAGCCCGAAUGAAGAUGAGGGUUAUCCAGGAAGGGUAAUGGCAUGUGUUACUUUUCAAUUGACUGAUGACGGAGAACUGCACAUAGAUAUGACAGCUGAAUCGCCUGAAAAGGCAACGCCGAUUAACUUGACAAAUCAUAGCUACUUCAAUCUUGCUGGACAUACUACAAACGCAGAGGAAUUAUAUAAACAUGUAUUCACCUUGAACACAGAUCACUGGACUGUGACAGAUUCUGAAAGCAUUCCGACUGGCGAAAUUCGACCGGUCGAGAACAGUGUGAUGGACUUGAGGAAUGCGACUGUGCUUGGUGAUGUUAUUGAUAAAGUGCCGGGCGGCGGUUACGAUUAUAAUUUCUGUUUAUCAGAACCACACGAUUACGAGAAGAGAAAUCUCGUCGCUAAAGUACUGCAUCCGGACUCGGGACGCAGCUUGGAAGUGUACUCGAAUCAGCCGGGCGUUCAGCUUUAUACAUCUAAUUUUUUGCCUGAAAGGAACAACACGGGUAUCCUUGGCAAAGAUGGAGUGCGGUAUUUCAAACAUGCAGCUUUCUGCUUGGAAACGCAAAAUUAUCCCGAUGCCAUAAAUCAUGAAAACUUCCCAAACAGCAUAUUACGACCAGGCGCAAAAUAUAAUCACAUUGUUAUAUAUAAAUUUGGAGUAAAAGUUUAAGACAUUUGGAUAUCUGUAAACUGAAAAAAAAACAAAAAACAAAUAUUAAAUAAAAAAAUCUUAUAUUAUUAUCCUUUUAAUUAAAAAUAAAUAAAUAAAAAGCCUUGUUAAUAUAAUUAUAUUGCUAAAUUUAAUAGUAUCUUGUGUAUAAUUUAAACUAAAAACUUAUUUAAAUUUUCUGUAUUUAUUAUAUUUGAUGUCAUAUAAAUAAUUAACAAUUUAUAA